AUGGGAACUAGGGGAUUGUGGAACUUACAGGUGGACGACUGUUGGUAUCGCCUCCGCCAUCCACGGAUUCGAGUGAGCCCACCAGAAGCAGCCGAGACACUACGCAGAGUCAAGCAGAUACAUGACAAGACCAUCAAUCUUGAGCAGUGGGAGAGAGUUUCCUUUCCAAGCCCGCUAGAUGCAUACUUCGAUUUUGUUUAUACCAUCGAUCGGGAUGCCGGCACCUUUAUUCUUUCAACGUGGUCAUGUGUUGAUCGCAUUCUGAUGCCCCUAGCACUUGAAGCUAGUCUUGCCGAUAUAUGUGAAACCUCCAGUAUUUCCGUCAAUUCUUUGCGACCAUCGCCUCUUCUCUCAAUUCCUAAUUCCGGAAAGGAUCAGGACCCAGAAUCCAACUCGGCCAGCCUCGAACCAUUGAAUAUUCAGACUUGUUUUCCUACAGCUAUUUUUGAGCUCCAACAACAAUUCUUCUUGGACUUCGUCUUUCUAUGGCGCUCCUGGAUUGGCGACCCUAUGACCUGGCGUUAUGGAAGCCGCGUAUUCAAUGCAUUUGCCAGAGCUAUCCUAUGUCUCGCUUCAUGGGAUUUUGAGGUAUCUUACGAUUGCGACCCACCGCUGCCUAUCAAUCAUAGUUCGAUUCCUGGCUGGAAGUUUCCUGAAGAAGAACUGUAUUGGUUUCAUGGAUUCCUCAUUAUGCUGCAACCGAAUCUUGAGUCGCAAUCUAUGCUUCGCACGGCCAUCACCAGAGCCAAAGCGUUUAUCAGCAGUUCUGCUCGCACAACUCGCAAAGUUCGCUCCAUUCUUAUCUCACCGGGCCAUAUCGCUUUUGUUGAAUUAUUCCAGCACACCGUUGCGUGUAGUCAAGUUCUCCCGCUGCUGGCCGACCGCUCGGCAUCACAAUGCACCCCGGGCUUCCGGGUAUUAGCCCAGGUUCUGUCUACUGACUGCUGGAAAGAGACCUGCGUUCAUAGAGAGAAGCGGCCUUCUUCUAUGCCGCCAGAGAUUUUAUCAGAGAUUCUCCAUCACUCGGAGCCAAGAGAUGCAGUGUCGUUUGCACAAGCUUCCUUCAAAGUUGAACGAUUGUAUUACGAUUCAGUGCCUCAGUUCAAGCAUGUUUCCGUGCAAAGGCUGAACCUUUCUAUACCAUGUUGCGGCGAUCGAACUGGAUUAGAGAAUUUGGGUGUACGCUGUAUUAGAUGUCAUACAUGGCAACACCAAAAGUGUAUUGGGCUAGAAAUCUUGCCAUCUGACAAUUCGUUCAUCUGUGCUACCUGUCUCAAGGAAGAUUCGAAAGCCACACACCUCACACCGGGUGGGAUUAGCAGACUCCAUAGCCGGACGGAAAGAAGAACAUGCGCUGUCACAGUCGAUGGAUCUGUCAAGGGCCUUCGAGUGCGGCUCUCUAAACCUGCGCACCUUCGACCGGAGUUGCGGAUUAUUGGGGAUCUAAUUCAUAGUAUCCCGAAAGGCUUGGUUGAUUUUUCUAUCCAGUUUAAUGGAAGCUUUGCAGGGUUAGCAUAUGGCUUGGAUGAUUUAGAACUUGACCAGAACCAUUGA